AUGCUGCGGCGUCUUAAGGCAGAUGUCUUGAAAGGAAUCCCCUCCAAGAGUGAGCUUAUCGUCAGAGUUGAAUUGAGUCCUCAACAGAAGUAUGUUUGCAGAUGUUUUGGAGUCUCCUUCUCAUAAAACAGCUAUUAAAUCCAUUUUGUUUAUACAACAGAAGAUAGCAGUUCAAAAGUGUCACAAGGAACUUUUUGGCUUAUCUUUUCAGCAUCUGGGUUUUGUUAAAAGGAUGUUCCAGAAUUCUUAAAGAUCACAAUACUUGGCCAGAGCUAGUCGUGACUUUUUUUCAGAGACGUCCUAACAAAAAGUGGUGGUGACCAACAUUUUACUAUGUUAGUAGCGUUGACACUUGUAUUAAUGACAACAGGGCCUUCUACAGUAUGCUUCAAGUGUCCUAUAUAAUUAUCAAGAGACAUGUUUCCAAUUAACUGCGAAACCAAGUGACUAUUCAGACAAGUAAACAAAAUCACUGUGAAAGGACAAGAUGUGUGAAAUAUCUUGCCAGGUUCGUAGGCUCCAUUAAUACCACGCACCUUUUUCGGGGCCACAUUGUCCGAGUGAUGCUUUAGUAUAUUUCAGUGAAAUUUAAUGACAGGGAAAGCUUGAGUAAAGACAAUACAGGAAUAAGGCAAGUGAAUGUCAGGGCAGCACUCAAAGGUGUGGAUUCAAAAAUUGAAUGUUUUUUUGUGGUUUGUUUUACAGGAAAUACUACAAAUACAUUUUAACAAGAAAUUUUGAGGCUCUGAACACCAAAGGAUCUCAUCAAGUGUCUUUGUUAAAUGUGAUGAUGGAACUGAAGAAAUGUUGCAACCAUCCAUACUUGUUCUCUUCUGCAGCCCUGGUAAAUAUGUCAGUUUGAUAUUUCUGACUUAUGUAACAUUAUUAUUUGAAACUUGAUGCAUGGGGCAAAAAAAAUAGAUUUGUUUACUCAUUUUGAAAGUUCAAAGGUUAGAAAUUUUUUUCUAAUGAUUUUUCAUGACUACACUUUUAUUAAUUUGCCGUCUGUAAAAUGAACUCAAAAUUCUCCAUUUUGCACUUGACUCCUGAUUGAACUACGCCUCCACAGCUAACCAGUGCAUUUCCUUUUGGGAAAUCACUCACAACAGCCUGAACUAUUAACAGGUCUUAUCCUUAAAUACCAUUUAGUGAUAGGCUGCCCAGGAUGGGAUCCUGUCAAAGUAAUAGAGAGCUUUUGAAAAACUGUGUAGAAAGCAGCACGCCUGUUUUUUUACUAUAAAUGGGCAUCUGACCAAGUUUUCCCUUCGCUUGUCUUUUAUUAUUUAUUAUAUAUAGCUAAAUGAAAAAAUUAGGCGUUUUAUGCCAGGUUUACCUGAAGGAAUUAUUUUAAGUUAUUUUACACAUCUUCUAUCUUUUUGUUUCCUAAUUUGAGAAAUGAACGGCUAGAAUUAGACUUUUUCCGUUCGCCAAAGAUAUAAUAAAUUAUUCUAAAUCUCUCCAUUAUGUCAUUUGCAUGGACCUUAGGAGGCUCCUAGAAGUGCUAAUGGUAACUAUGACACAGCAGCUCUUACUCGUGCUUCUGGAAAGCUGGUCCUUCUGGAGAAAAUGUUGAAAAAAUUACGAGAGGAAGGACACAGAGUUCUCAUUUUUUCACAGGUAACGUGAACUACACUUUAUAGAUCCAACUGCUUAUAGUUGCAGGGGUUUCAUUUCAGCUGGAUGCCGGACUUAACGUCCGGUAGUUCAAAAACGAAAUAAUUCUUUUUUUCAAGUGUGAAAAUCGUUGUUUUGCAUUUAUUAACCAAAGAAAGACUUGACCCUUAUUUUACUCACUUAGUUAUGUAAUGCAUACAAUCGAAAAAAAGAGAUGAUUCCUGUGAUAAUUCCGGUCCAGAGAACGCAGGAAAUUGCAUUUUAGAGAGUCCAAUUUUACAGAUUUCCUGGGGGGGGGGGGUAUGCCUAGGGACCCCCUAGGAGUUCGCGUCUCCGGCACUCAACGUUCGCGGCAGCGGCGCGAACAGUGCACGUCCGCCAGCUGAACCACUGCAUCCGGUACUUCCAAGUGCCACCGAAAACCCUGUUGUUGACAUGUAUAUAUGCUCCAAACAUUACUAACAAUUAUUUUAUUAAAAGUCAAGAAAAUUCCCAAACAGUUUGCAUGGUUGUGAAACUAAGUCAUUGGUAAAUGUACAGCUGAAUAUUCUUUUAAUGUGUUGUUCUGCCCUUCUCUUGGCAUCACCCUGUUGGCCUUUGCAAAAGCCUUAAAUACCUUUAGUGAGUGAAAAACAUUACAGUGCAAUUCAAAGUCCUUGUCCACUCACCCCCUCCAAGCAAUGUCUUAAAUGAUUUCAUGCCUUCUCCACACUUCACGCUAUUACUCUUUUUUAAACUGAGCUAUAGUAAUAAGUAUUAUAAAAAACUGAAUUAUUGGAUAAUGCAAUUUGCAGGGUUGUCAUUAAGAGCCGGGGGCCGGGGAUUUUCCCCGGCUACUAAGAGAGUGGCCCCCUGCUACUUUUAUUGAAAAAUAGAAGAAAAAUAGAACCAAAAGAAGUCCCUAGCCGUUUGAUUCCCCACCUACUUGUUGUAUUUACCCGGCAACUUGAAAUCUUACUGACAACUCUGGCCAAUUCUAGAGUUCUGAUUAGCGUAGCCAUCGUGGUAUAUGAGCUAUUAUACCAUGCUCUCAGCUGAAAAUUGGUUCUUUUUACAAAUAAAGUUGGGAAGAAUUCUCGAUAUUUUCGAUAUUAUUCUACGAGUGCAUGUUGGAUAUGAGAUAAUUAUAGCCUACGCGCACUCGUAGAAUAAUUGUCAAUUAUAAAUAUUGCACAUACUAAUGCCCCUCCUGGUUUGCUGUUGGCCAAACUAGAUGACAAGAAUGCUGGAUAUCUUAGAAGACUUCCUUGAGGGGCACGGUUACAAAUAUGAAAGAAUUGAUGGAACUGUCAAUGGAGCAGCUAGGCAGGAAUGUAUUGAUAGGUUUAAUGGUAAGUACAUGUGAUGCAGGAGGAAACAGCAUUUCAGUAAUUUUAAUUGGGAAGUAGCUAGGGUGAUCUUCAAAACAGUUACUUGUUUAUCUUAAUCUUCAGCUAUAGUUCAUUCUGCUACUGUUAAAACUGUAUUUUCGCGAAAGAAAUAUUUACUGUUGAAAAUGUGCUUUUCUGCUGACUGUCCUCUGACCAAAAUGCCAGAACUAUGGUAUAAGAUGGUGCGAAUCAAUGACAGGCUUUUACUUUAGAUUGUGUGAGUGUAUUGUAUUUAGUGCUCCUGUUUUUCUAAAACUAAGCUUCUAGUGGCGGGCAAAUUUGUACCCUUUCGUGGUGUUUAUCUGAUAAAUAAUAUAAAAAAUUGAAAUUAUCCUCAUUUCAUUAAAAUCCUGACCAUGUAUAAAUCCUGACCUUAUAUGAACCCUGUAAAAGGAACAUGAAUCCCCAGAUGCUUUAUAUAGGUUAGCAAAAUGAAAAAAAAAACCAAUAGAACCCCUCAGCUGUUCAAUUACUACCUACUACUACUAAUUGAAUACUCCUUGAAACUUGAAAUCUUACUGACAGCCCUGCAUUACAGUUAUUGAAAUGUUUUAUAAAUAUUGUUUUUGAUGCUAAUCAGAGCUCUGUUUUUCUUGCCUUUUCUUUUUCUGUUUGUUUGUUUGAAGCUGCUGGUGCACAGACGUUUUGCUUCUUGCUUUCUACUCGUGCUGGAGGUCUGGGCAUCAAUUUAGCCACAGCUGACACUGUGUUUAUAUAUGACUCAGACUGGAAUCCUCACAAUGACAUCCAGGUAUAUAAUGUACAUAAAUAGUGACAUUAACAUGAAAAAUUGUAUUCUGGCCAAUCCAAUAGUUUAGAAAAUUUGGUAUGUUAGUAUACCUCCUUAUACUUAGGUUUUAUGUUAACAGUUACAAAGCUGUGACCUGCUUCACCCUGGAGUAGAAAAAGAAAUUACAAGAUUUUUUAUCCACUAGAGCGUACGUAGCAACUUAAAAAUAAGCCAACCUAAUAAGAUGUUGUACAUGUGUGUUGCUUCUCUUCCCUUCUUGUCUUUCCUCACAGGCGUUCAGCAGAGCUCAUAGAAUUGGUCAAAACAAUAAGGUAUUUAAUUAACAAAGUGGUGCUCUUCAGUGCCUUGUGUAUUAUUUUAUUGUAUAAAGUCUUCAUUUAUGCUAGUUAGUUCAGCUGGAUAAGGACCUGGGGCCUGUUUCUCUAUUAAAAGUCCCGAUUGUUACGGGGUCACCCAGAAAGCUGUUGUUGUUUACAUUCAAGAUAGAGGUUUCAGUACUUUUGUAGGCAACGUAAUAAAAUUAUCAGUUAAGAAAAUACAAUGAACGGGUUUGUUGGCUAGGACUUGCGCGAUUUUAUUCUUUACAUUUUUAUUUGAAUAUUUGAUUUCGAGCCUGGAAAGUUACUGGGACUUUCGAGAAAUGGGCUCCAGUCCUCCAAGCAGGAGGUCAUGGGUUCAAACCCAGGCCAGACCAUCAAACAAUCUUUGAUUUUAGACCUUGGCGUGUCUGUUAAUAUAUAAUGUACUGUAAAAAAACACGUCUGAUGUUCUUUCUUCCGUAACUCUUCAUUCAUUUCAUGCAUUCAGUCAUUCUUUCAUCCAUUCAUUUCAUUUCGUCCAAUUCAUUCGUAUUGUUCUGUGCAGUUUAGCCCUGUAUUCAGAGACUUUUCUUAAUUCACCCUCCAGUGCACUUGAGAGAGGCGUCAUUGUCUUCAGACUUUUUAUGUCCCCCUCAUGGAGCGUCAGUUAAGACAUUACUUUUCAAUACAUGUAGAAUAUCAAAAUUACAUUAUGAGUCUCCGUCUUCUUUGUUAGGUUAUGAUCUACCGCUUUGUUACAAGGGCCAGUGUGGAAGAGCGGAUCACACAGGUACAUAGUGCUGUACAUUAUAACGAAUGUAAGGGGAAAUAUAUAUUUUAAGCGAUGGAACAAAGUAUAGUCAGUUUCUGCUAUUGCAAACACAGUCUAAACAAUAAUUGUUUGGAUUCUUACCACACGUUAAUGGGACAAGUUUGUGGCUCCUUCCUUGGUGGUUUUAAUUUGGAGGUGUGCUGGUGUGGUCUCUCCCUGCUAGCAGAGGUAUCAUGAGAGACCUCUGCUAGCAGGGAAGUGCAGUCUGUGAUGAUGCUGAUAAUUGUGUCACAGGUUCUUAUUAGCUAUAGAAAAAAUAUCCGGCAAAAUGAAUGUUAAUAAGCAUAAUUGGCAUGUUUUAGGUUUUUAAAGGAAUGUUGUGGUUGGAAUAACCCAAAUUGGAAAUACACGAGAAAUUCCUUCCAAAUCAAGGAAAGGGUUGCAGUGAAUGAACAUUCAAUCCAAUAUUGCUUUGUUCACCCGAGUCCAAUUGCCUAUAUCAGAACCUUAUCAAACUACAGUGCUCAGUGGAAACAAAACAUUGAAGAAUGGCUACUUUUGUGUAUAAUUGCAUCCCAGUUCUGAAAAUGUUGUGUUAAAAUAAUAUGAUCAAAAUAUCUGGAAAAUUAUGAUAAGUAUAUGUUUUUUGUUUAUUGAGAGACCUCAAUCUCGACUAAUUUACUUCAACAAUCAGUGUGAAACAAGCAAAUCCUUUAAAAGCGCUAUUUUUGUUGUAGAUGUAUAAUAUGACCCCUUAAGCUUUGAUGACUUUGAUCUUUGCGCUAAAGGUUGCCAAGAAGAAGAUGAUGUUGACUCAUCUUGUGGUUAGACCCGGCUUGGGAUCCAGCAAAACUGCUGUCAUGUCUAAGAGUGAGCUCAAUGAUAUUCUCAAAUUUGGAACACAAGAACUCUUCAAGGAUGACAAUGCUAAAGAUGGAGGUUAGUCUUCUACUGACAUACCUUUCUUUAGAGAGUCAAAACAUUCCUGACGCUACCUUAAGCCAGGGGCACCCAGUGACUGUUUUCUGUGAAAUGUCUGUUCGGAGAAGCAACAAUUGCCUAGAAUUUUCUAUAGCUUGAGGAAGGCUAGAACGUUCGAGAUGACCAUUCAUGUACAAUUUUCGAAGCUUAUCUAUUAAAUUCCUUACGAUUUUCUGAAGUUUAAUUUUUCCCAUUUUACUCCCCAGGUUAAGCUAUUUUUUCAUAGAGAAAGGAAACCUAAAUUUUCGCAACCGGGAAUGCGAUGCAGAGAGGAAUCAGAAAAAUUCCCACUUUCGUAUAACUUUAAAUUACAGCUUACGUUUUCGGGAAAAUAAUUUUGAAGCCCUUGUUAUUUUAAAAAAAGACUCAUUAGCGCCACUUAGAAUACAUUUCUAGAGAUCUAAAAGUACUCUGAGUAGCCUUAGAAGUGUGUUCCAUGCAUGUACGAGGAAACCGUCGUUUAGUGCCCCUGUUAAGCUACGUUACACUUUAAUGAAGACAAACAAAGAGAACUUCCAGAAAAAUGAUCAUUUAAACAAGACCGAGGAUACGCUGUACAUUAUCAGUGGCAUUUGCGUUUUUCUAAUUCAAAAUAUAUGUUGUAAUUAUGUUUCUCUUUUUUAACUUACUAAAAAACAAGUGCUGGUACGUGGAAGACAUUGCAGACGCUAUUGAUAACUCCUAAAUGGUUUAUAACUGGUGACAAGAUAUGUAUCAGUUGGUGAAAGGAGCUGAAGUCUAGAAUAUGAGUUUUUUUUUUUCCCUGGGGUGUCAAAAGGAGUAAAACAUGAGUGAGCCAUCUUCCACGCCCUGCCACGUUUUUCUGCUGCUAAGAAAAAUAAAGAAUUGGAAAAAACAGGAGAUAGCGAGACCUUAUUUCUUAAGGAUGCUGUAAUAUACUUUCUAAAUUGAUUUUCUUUUAUUGUCAGACUCGGGUGACUCAGGCCGCAUAGAUUAUGAUGAAAAAGCCAUCAUGUCACUGUUGGACCGUACCAGUAGCCACGAUGAUGCUCCUGAUGAAGAGAAAGACAUGUUGGCUAAUGAAUACCUCGCUUCUUUCAAGGUAAGACUCAGGCCCUGUUUAUAUGGAGAAACGUCGUACCGGGUGUAGAAGGGUCACUUGCCUACCCUAGCUACCCUAGGCCAGCCUGGCUCUCAUAUGCCGCUGAUGUAUGUACAACGCUGCUGGUAACACCUGGGCUACUUCUUGGACAAAUGAGAACAUGCGCCGCCGGCAACUAGAGCCAUCACAAAGCUUUACCGCCGUCAUGCCUGCGAAGAUGAACUCGAGUCAGCUUCGCAGGCAUGCCAGCGGUAAAGACUGGGAUGACCAAUGUUGCUGGCUACUUCUGUUCUCAUAUUGGAACAGUAUCCCAGGCAGUACCGGUGGCCAUGUCGCAGGUGCAUCAGCGGCAUAUAAGAACCGGGCUUAAAUACAAAAAGUGGGCGGGGAAUCAAACGGAUGGGAUUUCUUUUUAGUUUUAUGUGUCGUCCUUUUUCCAAUGGUAUAUAGUUGAAUAGCAUAGCCAGCUUUUUGGCUAAAGCAUGUCAAAAGAGAAGGAACAGGAUGACAGCAUUUUCUUGCUGUGUCUUGUUGAUGACUUCUCUCACUUUAGGUGAUUGUAAUCUACAUGUAUACACACCACUUCUAUGACAUGCGAUAUUAAACAUGAGUGAGCAGGGCCUGGAGCCUUAGCAUUAGGCUACUGGAGUAGUAUAUCGCUCAGACAUGAUAAUGUCUCCCUCCAUGAUAGUAGUGAAUUAUUCCCUGCACUGUAGUCAAGUGUAACUGAUGUUGCAUUUAGACAUGCAUACAGAACACCAUAGGAUUCCAUUACAGAUUUAAAAGAUAAAGUGACUUAUAACCUAGCCACACCAAAGUUUGGAAACAUUCAAUUAAUGAAAAAUACCAACUUGAAUAGUGAUACCGUAUCAUUCAGUUUGCGCUUAUCAGUUUGUGGUUUGUGUGAACCUUUCUCAAAGCCAUUGAGUUACAAGUGUUUUUUAUUACCAAAUGUACGACCUUAUGCCAUCCAAGUUUUUUUAGUUAUUAUUUUCAGUAUAUCCUGUUAACACUUUGGUGUUUGUGGCUUUCUUUGCAGGUCGCAAGCUAUGUAGUGAAGCAGAAAGAUGAUGAUGUAGAAGUUCUCAAGGUAGCAAAAAAAUCGCCAUCUUUUUUUUUAAAUAGUUGAUUAACGUCUUUCGCGAUGAUGUACAUUCCGCAAAAAACAGUUCUCAACUUUUCACUUCUUCUGUGGUAUUUUCCUGAACAAAUCCGAGCAUGUUCCCACAAGCUGGACCUUUUCCAUGUUAUUAUUUUUCCUUUAUUUUCAUCUUAAUUUACCUCUUAGUAUCGAUUUGGAUAGAAAAUUCUUUUGUUGUUUGAACUUUGCUAGCGAGGCUUGGAGUCAAUUAUCAUGAGCAUUAAUAACAAGAAACCUGAAAAAGUUCUAUUCUACUGCUAUUCUUUAUCAACAGCAACACUGUAAUUUUCAGGGAGUUAUAAUAACUCCUCUAGUGGGGCUAAUUUAACUCCUUACAGUGGAGUUAUUUUUCGUGGAGUUAUUUUAACUCCAAAAAGGAGUUUAAAGAACUCUUUUUCAGGAGUAAAAGUGACCACAGAUUUUGAGGAGUUAAAAUAACCCCAAAAAAGGAGUUAUCCUGUACCUAAAAUUUUUACUCCACUUUCAGAGUUAAAUUAACUCCAAAAAGAGUGAAAACAACCCCUGUAAGGAGUACAAGUAACCCCAUUUCGGAGUAAUUUUAACUCCACGACUGGGAGUAAAAGAACUCUUUUCAGGAGUAAAAAAUGACCCCAAAUUCGGAGUUUAAUUAGAGUUAAAAUAACCCCAAAAAAGGGGUUAUCCUGUACCUAAAAUUUUUACUCCAUUUUUGGAGUUAUAAUAACUCCCUAAAAAUUACGGUGUAUAUUAUAUAUGUAAAUUAUUUUUAUGAAAUGUCAUUUUUUAUCAUAGAUAUUUUUCAUUAAAGAAAACCAGGGAGGAGCAGCGUGGAAGUCAACAGAAGUAAGUUUAUUAUUUAUUUUAUUUCUUGUUUUCUUUUUACUCGCUUUAGAAAGGACUUCCGUUUUUUUUUUUUUGUCCGAGGGGAACCGGUUCUAGUUUUGAAAGGUUCGAGUUUGCGCGGUAUCUUUCUCCUUUCAACGGCUCUCUUCGUGAAUGGAGAGGUUUUGAUCGGAGCGUGUGCGAAACGGGGACUAAUAUGAGCCGAGUUUGGCAAGAAAUUCUAUUUCCACGGUUUGCAAAGUGCCUGGGACAUCAUUAAGUCCGGGAAGGCUUAAAUGGGCGCUCGUUGCUCAAAGAACCGAGCUUCGGGCACAAUCCGAGAGACCAUCCGGUGGAUGGUGUAUAACGUCUCUGCCCAGCUCUGCACACCGUGAAGAAGUCUCCAGCAGGCAAUAAGGGGCAAAUUGGUUAGUUUGGACAUAAGAAAAGAGGGCCAACGAAGUAUUUGGCUGUGAUUUUUGCCUUGCUGGAGACUUCUAAAUUGUGUUGUUAUUGCCAGGAUGUAAUGUGUCCCGCACGAGUUGAAGACGGAUUUCCCAGAAUGCACUGCGAGAAAGGUUAAAAACAUGUUUAAUAUUUGACCAUUACAGUGAGACUGUUCUGUUGUUGUGUUUCAGUUUCUACGACGGAGGUGCUGAUCUUUGAAUAAGCGAGCAACAACGGUGAGUAGCAGGCUUUUUGCCAGGAAAGGUUAUGUUACAAAGUCGUGAAAGUGUAGUUGAAGUCAAAGUCUGUGGUUUCGUAUAGCGAAGGUUUAUUUUUGGUCAUGUGUCGAGCGACUCUGGAAAUUUACUGUGUCCAAAAAGAGCCGCCGUCCUACUGCACAGGCUGAAUUGUCGUUCAUUUUCAAUUUAUUGUUGGCAUUGCAAGCUAAAUGCUGAUCGGAUCGCGGAAGAGUAACUAUUUUUCCUCAAAGCAUGUUAAAGUUCCCGCGCUAUAGCACCGUCGCGACGACGAGCGCCGUUUAUGCUUGAUUGUCUGGAAUGUUCGGUACAAUGUUUUUAAUCUGCUUUAUGCACCGGUACGGGCGAUUAUAAAACCAUUGCGGGACGAAACUGAUCUAGGGAAAAUGAUGUAAAAAGAUAUAUUACUUUUUAAACAUGUGUUGAGGAAUUUUCUUUAAACAAGGUUUUCCUUUUGUCCUUUUCUUUCAGAUGUGGCCGUUGGUUUUACUCGCCACCUCGGAGCUGGAAUAUUUACUCUCUGAAAUGUUUAUAUUAUCUGUGCUCUGCUGUGGUCAAACACGAAGAAAGCGAAGCGAAACGUCUUGUAAGAUAACGUUAAUUUAAAACUAUUUGCUUGACCAGUGUUUAGUCUUCGAAAAUCGCCUGUAUUGAAACUACAUCUCUGUAUUUCUCACCUCCUGACCCGUCUUUUGAAAUUCAAUCCUACGCUCAGUACGGCGAUGUAAUUGAUAUGUAACGCAACGUUAUUUGGUAUCCUGCCCAGAAGUCCCUCAAACGUUAACCCUCAACAAACUGUACUUCUUGUUUGUAACCUUUAUCCUUAUUUAACCCUAAGCCUUAGCUCAACUUUAGCUAUCCACCCUAACCAGCUUAACGUAACACCCUUUUCCUGACAAGGCGAACGUUUAACUCAGUGGAUCAACUCAUGUGUUAUGACCAUUGAAAUCAGUUGAGACUGCUCGUCUAACCCUAACCCUCCAACCUAACCCUAACCUCCAACUUAACCCUAACCUAUUCCUAACCCUAACCUCCAACCUAACCCUAACCUAUUCCUAACCCUAACCUCCAACCUAACCCUAACCUAUUCCUAACCCUAACCCCAACCUCGACCUAAUCUGAUUCUAACCCUAACCUAUCCCUAGUCCUUACCCUAACCUAACCCUAACCCCAACCUUAACCUUAACCCUAAAACCCUAACCCUAACUCUUCCUCCCCUCCCCCCCUCCUGCUCUUACAUUUAGUAGUAUACAGUAAGGACUAAGUAAUAGGUGCUUUUCGAAGUUAGCCUCAAAAGGCUCUUAUAAAUUUUCUGUUUCUUGGAAAUUAAGUUGUUUAGGUUCUCAAACAUUCAAGGUUCUUAUUUUCUUAAGGAAAAAAAGACUUUUGUAAGAAUGUUGGAGGUUUUAAAUGUUUGUACAAAAUAUGCAUGUUGUUAUGUCUAAAUGACUGCAAUUUAAGCCAAUAGAAAUUUUUUUUGCCAUUAGAAUGAUUAGUGGACUUUAAGAACUCCAUAGCGAUCUGUUUUAACAUUUCUACUUCAUCUGGUUCUUUCAAAAUCUUAGCCUGAAGAAUUCUGGUUCUUAUCUGUGCCUCUCCUCUGUGUCACUAACCUGACAUAAUAAUGAGUGACACGUGCAUGUUUCACUGUACAGUAUUUUUCAGAUGAAAUAAAAUACUGAUUUGGAUUGUUUUUGUUGUAUUGGGGUAAUUAGAGACUUAGUGAAAACUAUACACUGUAAUUUUCAGGGAGUUAUAAUAACUCCUCUAGUGGGGCUAAUUUAACUCCUUACAGUGGAGUUAUUUUUCGUGGAGUUAUUUUAACUCCAAAAAGGAGUUUAAAGAACUCUUUUUCAGGAGUAAAAGUGACCACAGAUUUUGAGGAGUUAAAAUAACCCCAAAAAAGGAGUUAUCCUGUACCUAAAAUUUUUACUCCACUUUCAGAGUUAAAUUAACUCCAAAAAGAGUGAAAACAACCCCUGUAAGGAGUACAAGUAACCCCAUUUCGGAGUAAUUUUAACUCCACGACUGGGAGUAAAAAGAACUCUUUUUCAGGAGUAAAAAUGACCCCAAAUUCGGAGUUUAAUUAGGAGUUAAAAUAACCCCAAAAAAGGGGUUAUCCUGUACCUAAAAUUUUUACUCCAUUUUUGGAGUUAUAAUAACUCCCUAAAAAUUACGGUGAAGAUGCAGAGAAAGCAGACCCUGACUACUGGGAGAAACUUUUACGCCAUCAUUACGAACAGUUCCAAGAAGACGAGGCGCGACAUCUUGGAAAGGGAAAAAGAAUCAGAAAACAGGUAACUGUAACUUUACUUAAAUUGUAGGAUCAAAAUUUAAUUUCUCAUUUCCUCUAGAAGUGGUGGGGAAAAGUUUUUAAAGUGUCAGUUAAAUUGAUCUUGUGUGAUCACGUCCUUAAUUUUCGCAACCACUCUGUAUUAUAAAGUAUUUAUAUUAUGAGAAAUUUGAUGCUGAACACUUCUAGAGCCUAAAGGCAGCCUCUAAUCUGAAAGGACACAGGACACAUAAAUAACUCUUACAUAAUAGUCGAAGCAUGAGCACUUAACGGCACAAAUUAAAUUUUUAUUUUUGACUAUUGAACAACUUGGUGUGAUUUUUCCUUCGGGGCGGUGUAGUCACUGGAUUGCAGUGAUCUUCUUUUUCGCUGAUAGAAAGUUUUCUCGCCUGGAAUAGCGCCCAUUUUCUAGUAAAUAUUGUCUGGUGAUGGUGAUGAUCUAAAGCGCAACAUGACGUGUUACAAUUAAUAUUUCCAAAGAAAACUGCCUGUUCAUCGAUUCAUAUGAUUGGUUCGAUCCGCUGAAAAAGAGUGUAGCCAUCUUUACGAUAACGUUUAAGCCAUCCUGAAACAGAACUGACAAUGUUCGCUGUGCUCGCUAAACGUUUACUAACCGAUUGUUGCGAUUACAUGGAAACCAGUUGAAAUUUGGGUAUUUAGAAGGCUACGUAGUAUGGUCACUUAUCUCUAAACUGCUUCUGUGUGUAUCCCCAGGUGAGCUAUGUUGAUGGAGGCGUGGAAGAUCAGGAAGAAUCAGGUAAUUUGGCUUUUUGCAUCCAUAAACUGUUUGGGGAGGGCUAAUCGAGUGGUUACUACUGCACUACGCUCCUUAACCCCUGCUCAGUCUGCGAUUCAUUUGAAAGACAUUCAAGUCCCUUAACGGUGAACUCGUCUUGAGGACACCUGGCUAUAACGGAAACUCUGAUGAUACGGGUAGGAGCGAAAUUCCCGAGAAAAAAAGUGAGAAUUACCGACUUCUGAAAUGAACUCUCGGCCGCUACUACAAACUCUCGGUAGUGAGAACACUUACUCGCUCACUAACCCAUUAAAGGCCGUUAACUGGUUUUACUUUAACCAGCGUUCGAAAGGGAAGAAAAUGUGGGCGCGAGACCCCGCGCGAGGAAGAGCUCCUUCCUCUCGCGCCCUGCACGCUUCUCUCGCGCCCAAAAUACUUUCCUUAGUUUCGAAAUCAUCAUCACAAAUUACCAGAGGUAAAAGCAAAUGGUCACGAGCUUUAUAACGUAGCGCGCGUGUUUGCCUGCCUCCCCACCCCUCCCUGAGCUAACAUUAACCCUCACUUCCCACUUAGGGCAAAAUGUUGGCUUAGGGGAGGAGUAGGUGGGCAGUUUCCCAGAAACGUAUAAUGAUCCAUAUAGGGUCAAAAUCUUUAUUUACGCUCGGGCAUGCGUAAAUAAGAUGACGUAUGCAGACGUCUAUAAAAUUCAAGAAGCUAGAGUUGGGCUUCUAUCGUGCUCUCCAAACUUCCCACGUGCAUCCAUAACUAUAUAUACGCACGCUAAGCAUGAACAAAUUCUUAAUUAAACCAAGUUGAAAUUGAUGCACAAUAUUUACGCCUGCAUUUUAAGGGCAAAAGUGGAACGAAGUAUUUACUGGAAAAAAUAACCAUUCAAUAUCACUUAGGCAAAAUCAAGUUAUUUUGGAGAUAACCACUGAAAAAAGGUGUCUUGUUAAAGUAGCUAUUGUUUUUGUGUGGAACGAAGAUAUCAGUAAGUUGUUACAGAGUGCAUGGUAUCUAAUGUAGACUGAUUGUGUUUACAGCAUGGACUAAUAACUUGUCGGACUAUGAAGAUGACGGUUACAGUGACGUUGAUGAAGAGGAAUCAGAUGAGGAGUUCAAUCAAAAGGCAGAAGGUAUAAGUAACAGUUGCAGCCGGAUGGUAAAUUAUCUGGCUCCGGCAAUAAGCUUGGUAAACAUAUCGCUGGUGUAGUUGAUGUGUAAAGACUGCAUGACUUUCAGGUGUCUGGAUAAGUCUAAGUUUGCGGAAGGUUUAUGGUUAUCAAGAUCCGAUACUCUGACAGUGUGCAAAGAAAGUAGUGUCCGAUAGCCCGGGGCUAGUGGAUUUUGCUAUCGGGCAAGUGAAUUCUGUUUUUAACUUGCCUGACGGGCAAGUGAUGUUUUUUGGGGAAUUUGAAUAACAGAAGAACUGUGAAAUCAAUUCUGCUCGUCAAAAAGGUUUGGGGCCAUUUGAAAUGACGUCUGGGCUAGUAAACUCUAGCUUCAGCUUGCCCGAAAGGCAAGCUGUUAAAAUGGUUUUCUUUGCACCCUGUCUGACCUCCUUUACCAGAGUUAGGCCCAGGCCAAACGUCAAACGUUUCAUGAGACGAACCAAACUUAGUGAGUUACGUUCAUGAAAAGUUCUACAUUUGGCUCAGUUAAGCUCGUAUGAAUUAAUUUGGAUCGUCCAACACGUUCUUCCUUUUGAAGAUCGUCUCCGGGACAAACGUUGAUCUUCACAUGCGACGAACUAAACUAGUAAAUUAAAAUUAUGUAUAAAUAAUGUAUAUUUAGCCUCGUUCGGGAGAAAAUUUAUUGCUGAUCUGAUUCAGUUGAUUGGUUCGACGCGUCCUAAGUUCGACUUCUGACCCAACGGACGAUCUUAAUUUAAUUUAGGUCGACCCAAAUGAGACCUUGGUUCGUCUCAGGAAAAGUUCGGCGUUCUUAUUCCCUUUGUUCUGUCUCAAGAAUUAUGAGUAAGUUUGCCGCCAUUGUAGCUGUACAAAAUUUCUGAACUGAGUUACCGCAUCGGAAGGAAUAACUAAACUGGGCACCGUAGAAAGAUUUCUUUGAAUAUAAAUGUACUUGAAAACCUUUAUAAAAAAGAUUUUAUAAAGGUGCAUCGAUAGCUGCCGAUAAUGUUUGUAAUAAUUAUUUUUUUGUUUUCUUUUAAUGGCAGGUCGUCAGCGGAGAGGUACUCGAUCUGCUACUGACAGGGAAAUCACUCCUCCUAUGCUGGCUAAAGUGCAUGGCAACUUGGAGGUAUGUUACUUAAUUUAACAUAUUCAAAAAUGUUACUCGACAAGAUCUGUGGACCCUUAGAACAGAGUUGAGGUCAUUCGGCACUAUUUGUGAAAGGAACUUAUGUGUGUACUGAACUUGUCAGUGGGAUUUGAGUAACGAUUUUGAAAGGUAAAUCAAUUUUACUCCAGAUAACUUACUUUGACAAAGUUGUACAUUUUCGGUCUUUUCCUCGUAGUUUAGGCAACUAAUGGCCAAGCGUCAGUUACAGUCUAUCGAGUUUGAGUGUUUCAGUUAAUGAGGAAAAAAGUAAACUAUUUAUACGCCCCUUCAAGACUGUUUAGGUUCCGUUGAAGUGAACUGAAAGUUUAAAGUGUAUUUUAUUAUGUUAUCCAGGUUUUUGGUUUCAACUUGCGACAGCGUAAAUCGUUCCUGAAUGCGGUGAUGAGGUAUGGUUUGCCUUCUCCUGAAGGGUCUCGUCGAUCACAAUGGUAAGAUUGAUGCCUUGUUGUAAAGAACUUCUUCUGUAAAAGUAGACCUUUUUCAGGUCAUUUGUUUCAGCAUACGUAGUAAUUAUAACGAAAGGUUAGGAAGUGCGUGCGAGGUCAAAAGUCAAAGCAUUCUUGCUCCAACGCUGUAAGCUUUGCGUUCUAUGCAUUCAAAUGGGCCAUUUAUUCUCAGUGGAAGUCCAAACGAUUGCUGGCUACAUACGUGUUGGGCAUACGUAAUAGCAACCUGGUGAUAAGGACAGGCCCGACUGCGAGCUCCCCUAGUAGUCCGCAAUGGUAUUAACAUUGAAAUUUGUUUAAUAGAUUUGAGCUUGAAAACUUUGAGAGAAUUCAUUUCCCUCUGACUUCCCGGUUACACUAUUCCGUUCUAGGUUCGCAAGAGACCUCCGGGGGAAAUCCGAGAAAGCCUUCCAGUAAGUAAUUGAUAUAUGGUAACUUUACGUGUAAAAUAUUUUCCUCAUCAUGAAUACAGCUAAGUUUUAGUUUGAACGUAAAAAUUGUUUUUGGAAAUUUCCACAUAAUUCAACCAACUUAUCAUUUGAGCGAGGUUUCGGUCCAUACCCUGUUGGUUUCCUAAGAAGCACUUUGCUGUAUUGGAAUUGAUUAGCUGAAGUUGCGUUUAGGAAGGCUCUCGGAAGAUUAUCUUUUUCCUUGAGAGGAAACCAUGGUGAUAUCUGUCACCCACCUGCAUCACUCUGUGCUUUUCCGCAUUUCCUUUGUUUCCUCCGUGAUGUUAAAACACAUUAUAUGACUACUUGUUGCUAGAACAUCUGCCUCCAUGCUGGUUAUGUUUCAUCACAUAUCAAAUACAUUACGGUCAACAGAGUUGAAAAUAGCGACACCUUGUGGAGUAUUUUUGAUGAGGUUGGAAAAGUUUGAUGUUGUGAAAAAACAUUUCAAGGUAACGAGAUGUAAAUUGCUUUUGACCUUCAGAGCAUAUGUAGCUAUGUUUCUGCGCCACUUGUGUGAGCCUGGAACAGACAACAAGGAAAUGUUUAAUGAUGGAGUACCUCGUGAAGGACUUCAAAGAACUCAAGUGCUGACCCGGAUUGGUAUCAUGAGCCUCAUAAGAAAGAAGGUGGGUGGGUUUACUAUAAGAAAUCUUGAAAACCAAGACUAAAUGUGGUAGUAUUAACGCUUUGAACCCUAAGAUCAAAAUUUGAAUUCUCAUUUGUUGCCCCUAUUCAUUUCCUACAGAAGCAGUGGGGAGAAGUUGAUAAAAUAUCAAGCAAAUUCAUCUUGUGUGAUCAUGUUCGUAAUUCUCAUGACCACUCUGAUCAUGUGUGAUCAUGUCCGUAAUUCUCAUGACCACUCUCUUUAAAAAAGCAGUGAUAUUACAAGGAGAAAUUUGAUGCUAAUUACUCUUAGGGCUUAAAGGGUUAAGCUUCUGGAGUUAAUUCUAAAGGUGGUGUGAAAGCCGGCAAGAAGUAUUUUCUUUUGGCACUGUUCAUUUUACUAAACAGGGUUCUUUCAAACGUUAUGACGCGGCGAAACCAAAGACUAAACUCCGAGGUGGGUGGUGGGAGGGAGAGGGGGGGCGCGGGCACUUUCUAGGAAUAGGCUAAUGGGUAUGUGUGAGGGGCCUAAAAGGACUAGCUAGUAACGAUGAUUGUUGUGGUUAUUGGCCUUUUGUUCAGGUUGAAGAGUUUGCUCAUAUAAAUGGAUGGGAAGCUUGUCCUGAUGAAGAACCUUCAACAGAAAAACCUUCAAGUAAAACCUCCUCACGUGUCUCCACACCAGUAACAGAGAUUGUUGACAGCAAAAAGGUUGAACAGGAGCCAGUUAAAAAGGAAGAAAAGGAGGCAACACCUGAGAAGAAGGAAGAGGAGCAACAGAAAUCUGAACCAAUGGAAACUGACAAAGACGAAGGAGGUAUGGAUCAGUUGACUGACAGACUAUUUUCCCGCAGGGGGGCCAGGGUCCGAAAUUAACUUGUUAAUACGGGCGCCAACUGGCGAUCAAGUAUAAAUUUUUGGUCGCCAGAGGGCAAAUUGUGGUCGCCAAAAAAUUCCCCCUCCCUUUUUUUCCAAUAAUAGUUUAAACGCGAAUAAAAAAUGCAUGGUAUGGACGUUUUUAUGCUCGAAAAUUGCACUUCUUCCGCUCCCGAUAUCAGAAAGCAAACGUACGUGUACGAGAGAAGUCUUUUUUUUUUCCCGCAAAUUACUUUUUGGAGAUAUAAAGCUGUCUGCCCAUGACUGCACUGAUCACUCGUACCAGUACACAAAGUACAUAACGUACUUACCGAACAACAUGGCGGCUUGGAAACGUUCAACUCGUAUUGAUCGUUUCACUUUUAAUUAAGAAAUAUCAGCAGGACAAAAAGUAAGACACCUGUUGGCAAAUAGCUGCGAGGUUUCAAUUCUUGAUCAAUUUCUCCGAACGUUAAAGUCCACAAUAACAACCAGCUUUACAAGUCGCUAGCUGGCGACCAGCUAUGAAAUUCUGGUCGCCAGGACUAAAUUUUUAGUCGCAUUUGCGACCAGGAAGGCGCAAUUUCGGACCCUGGGGGGUACUCACUAUUAUGGCCCAUAUGGGAAGACUCCACCCGAAAGGGGUUUCUUUUUCUGGUUUCAGGUAUAGCAGAACCCCUAUAACUCGACCUCGGAUAACCUGAACUCCCCGCCAACUCGAACUAAGUCCAAUUUCCCUUGGAUUUCACCCCACUUUUCAGUCAUUUUUAUUCUGUUAACUAAAAUCCCCCGCUAACUCGAACUAAAUUUCAUUUCCCUUGAUCAAAAAUUAACUGAAAUUUACCUCGAGAACUCGAAUUCUGGUUGUUGUAACGCCACUCGGAUGCCAUCCCAUCAGCUUUUCCUUUUUUAUAAUCGGUAAAAACACUAAAACUAACACUGAUCAACAAAAUAUCAAUUUAUUAAUUAGUGCAACAAGAUCACAUUUUAUCAUAAAAAAUGGCUAAUUAUGUUACCGUUUCGAUGAAAUAAGUUAAAUUUGCACUGCACUAGACACUAAAGUGCUGAAAAAUCAGUAAAUAUCAAUUUUUCAUAUGGCAAAGUAAAUUUUGCAAUCGACCCCGUGAUCUCGAACUGUUUUUCGUUUCCCUUUCGAGUUCGAGUUGCUGGGGUUCUACUGUAAAUGAAAGGGUAGAGAAACUUGUCAUGUGGGUCUGUCAAAGAAGUUGAAAGGGCUAACAGACGUAUCUUGGGCUGUGAAAGGGACAAGAAAAAUUCCUGGUUUCGUGAUUUAUUCGUAUUAAAAAGACGGUGAAUUUACAGUUCGUAAAAGCGAUGCAGUGUUCUUACUAGCUCUUUGAAAGCGGUACCGUUUGUCAGUAGAUCAGUAGAAGGUAUAAGAAAGGGUUAGCUUUUCUCUCAAAACUGGUAUAUUAAAAAAGGUGAAGGGGUGGGACCACAGGGCGAAGUACCCCCCGGGGGACUAUUUGAUGCACUGUACCUGCAUUCCAGUGAACAGUGGCACCAACGCGAUGCUGGGGAUAACAAAACUAAAUGAUUUGUCCAUCCAAGUCUCAACGUCGUGUCAUUGUGUGUGCUCACUAGCGCGUAAUAGGAGAAAGGUUUAGAACUAAUAACUCAGCGCCCCUUAACAUGGAAUAGCACCUCUGAGAUGUACGCAGUUGUUAUCUCGCUAGUGAUACUUUUGUAUUCCACAGAGUCAAGUUAAGCUCUGUGCAUGCAAACUACCUUUAAAGUAAAUAGCCGUUUAACUGAAGGAAAUAUACCAAACAAGGGGUUUGCCGGCGUCUAAAGCUAGCUUUCUUGUUUCAAACGGAAAGUAAAUCUUUGUUCCCAGCCAUCCAAUUGUCAUCUGCUCAUGAAUAGCAGUUGCUCUAUAACACAAUAUAUUGUGGUAUUUACUGUAAUGUGAUCAUGUUGUAAAACUUCUGACAUGUUUUUAACUGAAAGGAAGUAAUUGAGGUUCAUUCGGUGUUUAGUGUGAAUGUAACUGGUUCUUUUACAGCUGGCAUCAUUUGUGUCGAGUAACGUAUCACGUCCAUGUUUCUCAGUGAUUUACCGUUAAUUUUUAACUGAGAAAGACCUAAGAUUAUUAGACACUGUAUUAACAUUAAAAACGGAUUUUUCUCUCUUCACUGAAGAAACGAUUAUCGUUCGCAAAAUAGUAUGGUGCAACAGCUGUUUUGUCGGAAAUAUCCUUUCCAUGGGGUACCCAACCAAGUAGGAAAAUUACGGAAGUUCCUGGGGUGGGGGUAUGACAAGCACCCCCCUGGAAUGAAAAUUCCAGGGGGGUGGGGGUUCUAAAGUAAAAACUACACUAUCAACGCCAAUACACUACAUCCACUCGUUGGCUAAUCGGUUAUGCAAAAUAUUUUAAUGAAUGGGUUAAUGGUAUGAGAACGUGUAAUGUUAUAGAACCCCUCGUGUCUCGUUUGCAGCUAAAGAGAACGCUAAUGAGGAAGAUAAUGAUAGUGCUAAACAGGAAAAAGGUGAAGAAGCUAAACCUGCUGCAGACAGUGAAGAAAACAAGAAGGAAGUGACCGAUGAACACAAAGAGGAUGACAGCAUCAAAGGCGAGUGAGGAGAAGUUAUUAGGGAGUUCAGACAUGUUUUUGAGCGACGCACGUCAACCGGAAGUGGUCAUUUUUUUUCAAUUUUGGACAAUGGUUUUGCCCAACUUUUUGGACAAAUAGUCUCGGUGAUAGUAAAGACACUUAGAAAUACAAAUUUCGCAGUGUCAAGCCGAUUUAAAAUGAAAAAGAACUCUCUUCCGGUUGAUGUACAUCGCUCAAAAACGCCUUUGUUGAAGCUCUCCAUUGUCCCUUAUAAGCACGUUAGAAGAAUCUUCCUCACUGCUUUUCUACUAUCAGGCCGGAUUUGAUUCUCGAAGCCAUCAGUUAAGAUAUUUUCAUAGCUAUAAGCCCUUUGCAGCAGGUCAUUCAAAUGGUACAAAACCGCCAUGCUGUAGAUCAAGGCCAGAUGCACUGGGAUAAGACAAAAAUUGACAAUGGUCCCAGUGCGUCCGUUUUGUACCACGUGACUGACCAGCUACAAAGGACUUGUUGAUCAUUGUUCAGGAACUAGUGUUAAUACAAAUCUUAACUCAUAAGGUCUUUUUAAAUCCAGACCCAAGUGCUUAACUUUGCCCUCCAGAUUAGUGACCCUACUGAUUUGAUUGUUAAAAGGGUCGAUUGCGUUUGUCGAUUGCAGGGAAUGGUGUUAUCUCCACCCUACGUAAACUGGGCGAGCCAAUAGCGCUAUCCAAUAUCUGGUCGCUUUUUGUCCAUUUGUAAAGCCUGGAGGAAUGACUGGUUUGGUUUAGACGCUUUAGGAAAUUUGCUACCCGUGCGAUCAGUUUGCGCUUAACAAAACGCUUUUACUGGAGUUAAAGAAAACCCCAAAUAUUUAAAUAAUAACCGUAAAAAAAUUCCUUUGGAAAAAGUGCAUUGUAAGAGCAAGAAUUGCGGGUAUUAUUGUAGUCUCGCAGGGGCGCGCGCCAAGAACGAAGGACAUUGGUUAUGUGUAUUUUAGGAGUUAGUGUUUAUGAUGUAAGCUAUUUUGUAGGCUUUUUUAUUAAAAACUGAAUCAUUGGAUAAUGCAAUACUAGAGCUCUGAUUAGCUUAGCCAUCAUGGUAUAUGAGCCAUUAUACCGUGCUCUCCAUAUAUGGUAACUGUACGCGUCUGCUCAAAAUUAAAAACAAGCUGAGAAUCGGUUGUUUUUUACAAACAAUGUCGAGAAGAACUCUCGAUAUUUUGUGGGCGUUUGUAAUAAAUCAAUUAUUCCACUCGCGCGGCUUGUUGGAUAUGAAAUGGUAAAUAAUUGACAAGUAUCACGUCGUGGAUCAUUAUACGUAGCCCACCUACCCCUCCCCUAAGCCAACAUUUUGCUCUAAGUGAGAAGUAAGUGUUAAUGUUGGCUUAGGGGAGAGGUAGAUGGGCAGUUUCCCAGAAACGUAUAAUGAUCCAACGUCAUUCGGUGAUUGCACCCAUCCAAAGACGACUUGUGGACGUAAAAUUCUAUUCCACGAAUAUGCUGCAAAACUAAUCAAUCCUGAAAAUCUCCCCCUUCCUCACGAAAUUCUUACUUUGGCACAGGACCGCAACGGUCGUCUGUUGGCACCACUGGGAACCGCCAUGAGCGCCUCAGCCGCGUAGAGAGAGACCCAUCCACAACAUCAAGAAACCCCGUAUUUUGUUUUAACUUUUUGCUUACUAUUAGCAGGUCCAAAGACUGAUACAGGCACCAAAAUGGAUGUUGAUGUUCCCAGUGAAAAAGAGGAUCCUGAGAAAGACAGUGAAGGCAAAGAAAAUAACGAUAAUAAAUCUGUCGAAACAGAGCCAAUGGAUGUUCAAGAAACUGGAGAAAAGUCUUCUGAAGAUGGCAAGGAUGGCGAACAAAAGAAGCCAGUGUUUGAAGCGGAGGAGAAAGACGAUGAUAAAACUGUUGACACAGCUCAUAAGAAAAAUGAUAAUUCAGGAAAAGGUGAAGAAAAAGAGGAAAAGGAAACGACUAAGGAAACAGAGAGUGGUGAGAGUGAAAGUGUAGAGCAAGGUGACGUGAUUGAUAAAAAGGAAAAUGAAGGAAAAAAGGAAGUUGAGAAAGUUGAAAAUUCUUCUGAUGAGGCUGACGGUAAGAGGGAUUCUGAUCAAACAGAUAAAGCACCAGAAGAGAAAAGCGGAGAGAGCGAGAAAAAAGAAGAAGAGUUAGAAACCGAUAAAACUAAUGAUAAACCUUCAGAGAAAAUAGACUCUGAUCAAAAGGAGGGCAAACCGGCUGGAGAUGCUGUAGAAUCAGAUAAAAAGGCAACUGACAAUACACCAGAAAAGACCGAAUCGCCUGCGAAAACAGAGCAGGCCCCUAUUAAAACUGAUCCGGUAGCAGUCCCUAAACAGGAGAAAUCUACUAAGAGAUCGGCUGGACUGAGUAAGCCUGCCAGUGCAGCUAAUGAACAGCAGCGGUUCAUGUUUAACAUUGCCGAUGGUGGAUUUACUGAGCUGCAUACUCUGUGGGAAGUGGAGGAGAAAAGGAAGUGCGAUGAUAUCUGGUGGAGAUGUCAUGAUUACUGGCUUCUGGCCGGAGUUGUUAUGUAUCCUGAACACAGUUAUUGAAGUAGUUACUGUAUUAUUCCUUUUAUUCAUUCCCAUCCCAUUUUGUGGUCUAAGUUAUGUAUUGGGUAUCCAGAUUUAAAAUAUUUGUUGAGUCUAACUACAUGGCAUUUGAUCAAUGACAUCAAAACGUUUGUCCGCUACUUGCCGUUCGAGGUGUUUUACUAGAGAGUUUAAGCUUUACGUAUACAGCAAACGGCAAACGUCAGAUUCAAGUUGAGGAUUUCUCAAAAUAGAAAAUGAGUAGAUAAAAAGUGCUCAAGUUAAUACUUAUGGAUGAAAAAUUGCGUGAAACACUAAUUUAUGUGUAGAAAUAAUUAACAGUAAACGACAAGUAAAGCGGAAACUUGGUCACGUGGUACAAAUUCGCGUUUGCCGUUUGGCGUAAACGCGAUGCGUUUAACCUCUCUACUUAUGGAUCUCUGUGGUGGGGGGAUAGAAGAGAACGUUCUCUCAGACGCGUCUUAGAAAUUUUCAUUCUGCGGUUUUUAAAGUAUCCUGCAGUGUGUGAACGGUCAGGAUUUUAAAAAAAUUUCAGCUCUUUCCCUCGCCUAACCCUGGACCCGAAAUAGCCUGGCCCCAGUUGUUCAAACGUUGGAUAGCGCUAUCCACCGGAUGAAUCAAUUUUUAGCGGAAAAGUAUUAGGGGAGCCAACUGUGUCAACCAGUGGAUAGAGAUUUAUCCAGUGGAUAGUACUAUCCAUCUUUUGAACAACUGGCGUCUGAUUGAAGGGUAUGUGCUGUUUGGACUUAUUUGUUUUGUAAUUGGUUGUUUGCCUACCCUCGAAGCACUUAAAAGUUCCUAAGAACUCGUUAAAGCGUGUCCGUGCGUUCCAAAUCGAAUUAGAACUUGGAAGUGUUGGUUUUUAAGGAGAGGAGAAAACCGGAGCACCCGGAGAAAAACCUCUCGGAACAAGCGAGAGAACCAACAACGAACUCAACCCACAUAUGACGUUGACGCCACGAUUCAAACCUGGGCCACAUUAGUGGCACUCGGGUGCUCUCACCACUGCACGUUCGCCAGCCUUGUUCCUCAGCUGACAAUAGCCUACGUUCGAUAUAUCAACUCCAAUGCUUUCUGGUUUGGUUUUCUUUGUGGUCAGGUCUCCUUUGGGAAUUACCAGACUAACAUCGUAAACAUUUUGCAGUUUUUUUCGGAAAGCCUCUUGGUCAUAUUAGAAUUCUGAUAUAUCGAACGUUGGCUUUUGAGUAGAACGUGCAGUUUAUAGAGUAGUGCGGAAAACAAAAAAAUGCUGAAAAAAAUCCAGCGGAGACAAAGUCAUUUUAUCUAAAACUACAACCAUCCGAACGGUGACUUAAAAUUGUUUUAUAAUAGAAUAUUGUAUAAAAUUUCUCUACUUUUGUGAGAUUGCGAAACUUUGUGAGAGUAGGGUAUUUUGUUUCUCCUUGACAUUAUCCGUCUUUCUGUCACGGUUAUGGCAGAUGGCAGGAUAUCGCUAAUGAUCGCAAGUUUGGGGUGGUCAAUGAUCCGUUCAAAAAUGGUAAGUUGUUGGAACAGCAUCUGUAAUGAAAUUAGCAGCCAAGAGUUAUCAAAACUCGCGUGCCUUUAAUUUUAAGUGGUAAGGCUGUCAUUAAGAGCCGGGAGGCGGGGACUCCCCCCGGCUGUUAUGAACGUGGCCCCCGGCUAGUCGCAUAGGAAAAUAGAAGAAAAAUAGAGCCAAAAGAAAUCCCUAGCUGUUUGAUUCCUUGCCUACUACUUAUUGUAUUUAUCCGGCAACUUGAAAUCUUAGUGACAUAGGUGUACUGGUAAUAGUUAAGGAAUUGACUUGCAGCAAGUCGACUGCGUGAGUGCCGAAGGCGCGAGCGAAGCAAGCGAACGAGAGCGGCGAAGUCGCGAGACGAGCAACGUAAGUUAAGAAACAAGUCGACUUCGUGAUUGCCGAAGGCGCGAGGCGGUGCGCGAGCGUCGUACGUUGAGAAGUCUAAGGUAAGGAACAGUCAGUGAAGAGACGUUAGAAUAAGUACGGCGCACGUUAACCAGUUUCAACUCAGACCACGCUAACAUUACCACUAAAACAAGUACUUAUCAACCCAGUCCAGACUUCUUUUGCUUAUGUUAUACCUUAGUUUGUUUCUAUUGCAGUCUCUCUGGAGUACAAGAACCGCUUUAUUGCGCGACGCUUUAAGGUUUGUUCUGCUGAUAUUGUUCCCAAUCUUGUGUGUAGACAUCAAAUAGGUUUUCAUCGUAAAUUUCUGUGGGUUUCAGGGAUAAAUGACCAGUGACUGUGUAAUAUUAAAAUCUGUACCUUAUUAACAAAGAUUGCUUUGGCAAUUGGUCAUAGGCAAUUUAAAAGUAUUGAUCACUGGGGCAUACGGAACUCGCUGCAAUGAUUUGCUUGAGGUACCGCCAAACAAUAGCUUCCUAAUGCCUAAUGCCCAAAGCAACCUUUCUUGAGUCAGCGAUAUCCCCAAAUCCUCAGUCUUAAGUCUGAGUUUUAAACCAUCAAAUUUAGCCCUCGGUGGCAUUGCUUCCUUGUUUCCCCCUGUACAUCUCUUUUAUGCUAAUUCAAGCACUGGUGUGGUCAUAAUUGAAACUAGAAAUUCAGUUAAGGAAUUAGAAACCUGAAUUAAGCUCUUAGACUGGUUCGACAGAAGGAGACAGUGCGUACACUAAGUGACAGUCAACAGCAAGUUUAUUGACGUUAUUGUAGCGCACUAGUGUGCUUUUCUUGUGUUGGCAUAGUUCACGCCUUGUGUUGGUUUGAGCAUCUCGCAAUUGAUCUCCGUGAAUGGCACCCUUGGGAAUUAUGUGCUUUUUUGUUUAAGUUGUUAG